CCCAAAUACCUAAAGCAAAAUCAUAUAACUGAAGACGCAACAUUGAAAAUGAGAUUAAACUUCCCUUACUUCUUCCAUCUCUUUCCUUUUUUAUAAUCUAAUCUUUAUUAAUCUGAGAAAACGAACAAAUAAGUGUUAUUUUUCCUUUCUACAAUGCCCACUUUGUUGCGGGCAAGGGUUUUCUUCCGGAUCAACAAAUUGUGGAAAUUUCCCAAAGUGGAAACUGAUUAGGGUUCCGAUCAGAGUAGAAAUGGGCUCAAGCUCUCAUAUUUUGGUUGUCGGAUUGAAGGGUUAUUUUCCUCAAAACAUUGUUUUUGAACAGAUUGCUUAAAAAAUGGCGAUUUCAAAGCUUUUGGGCAUGGAAGAAGAUUGCUUUCUUAUGGAAUGGUCUAGAUAGAAAUCAGAAAAGGUUGAGGAUUUGUACUUGGUUUAGAGAGAAGGGUGUUUGGGUUUUCAGUACUUUUAUGUGUUUGAUCUUAAUUGGGGGAUGGUUUUGGUAUUGGUUUAUAUUUGGAAGGAGGAGGCGCUGAUUUUUUUUUUUGUCUGGGCAGACAUCAUUGAAGUUAGAUUGUGCUGGAUCAUUUUUGAGCUAGAGUUCUUGAUCAAAAGAACAUUUCUUUAACUCAUCUUUCUAUUUGGGGCAUUGUUGAAGUAGCUUAGUGUAAGACUAUAGUAGCUUUAGUAACUGAUUGCAGACUUGCAGUGUCGAUUUCUUUUUCAUUUGAGGCGAUCUUUAGUGACUGAUAGUUGACUUGGGUUAACCUUUGAGGGUAGAGUGAUUAAGGGGCUUGGUGGGUCUUUGGAACCAUUUGAGCUAUUAAGAGUGAUAGGAAUCAUGGAGGAAUAUUGAAGCUGGAAAUGUGUGCAGGGAUAUGCAUCACAGUUUCUGGUUGUUCCCUUUCUGGAACAUUGCUACUGGAAGAUAAUCCUAGUGUUUUGGCUUUCCAAAGGCGUUUGUGUUUCGGUUUCUGAACUACUGUGAAAUGUCGCGUUGCUUUCCUUUCCCACCACCAGGAUAUGAAAAGAAGGCUAGUGCCGAUGAUGUGGACUUUCUAAAAAAGGAGAAGCAAAAGGAGAAGAAGCAUAAGAAGGAGAAGAAGGAAAAAGAGAAGGGAGAAAAUGAAGAAAAAAAGGAGGACAGAUCUGAUGGAAAACACAAGGAUAAGAAAGACAAAAAAGAAAAAAACAAAGACAAAAAGAAGGAAAAAGAUCGAGAUAAAGAAAAAGAUAAAAGUAAUAACUCAGAGAAGAAAUUUCCUGCUCAUCCCGAGGUUCAAAAUGGGGAGAACACUGCGGACGAGAAGAAACUUCCCGGAAAAUCUAAAGGUCACAGCUGGGAGAAGCAUAUUCCGAAAGAGAAGGGUAGGGAUAAAGAUCGAAGCAGUUUCUCAAGUGAGAAGAAACUUGGUGGGCAAUUUUCGGGUUAUAAUGGGGAGAAGGUUAGCCAGAAUAGCCAUCUGGCUGAAGAAUUUGAGGAUGCUAAAUUUGUGCAGGAGUUAGGAAGGAGGGUCAGAGAUGAAGGUGCCGGAGCUGGAAACCGAUCGGUGGAAAAGUUUAUGGGUACUGAACCGAAAAGAGAUGAGGGAAUGGUUGGAUUGGUGGCUAAGACUGCCACUGCAUUUAUUGAAGAGAAGGAAAAGAACGAGAGAAGUGAUGAUAUGAAGUUGGAUGUGCCAGGAAUCAGGAAUGAGAGAAGACCGGGUGGAAAUGGUAUGGUUCAGAACAUUGCAGGAGCUGUUAAUGCUAGACUUGAAGUGGUCCCAAUACGAGUGGAGAGUAAUACCGAGAGGCGGGAUGAAUGGAAAGAAAAAACCAAAGAAAAAGGAAGUGAUGGUAAGACGAGGGACAAGCGCAAGGAUAAGGACAGGGAGAAAGAAGGUCAUGGGAAAGAUAAGGAUAGGGACAAAGAGGAGAAGAAGAGGAGGAAGGAAGAGAAGGCGAAGGCAAAGGCAAAAGCUGAACAUAGGAAUUUGGAGUCGGAUAACUUAAAAGGAAGCAAUAAAGAUGUCCCUGUGGGUACCAAUAAUCUGAAAGCAUCAGAUUCUUCCAAGGAGGGCAAUGAAGGUGGCGUCGUUGAGGAAAAUUUCCGCAAGCGGAAGGACUGCAGAAAAAAUGGGUUUUUUCAUGUUAACAAUGUUAAACCCAAUAAGUUACUGAAAACUACUUCGUCUCUGUUGACGGACAAUGGAAGGACAUUGGAACCUUGCCAAGCUCCCAUCCCGCUUGCUUCCAAUAGCCACAGGGCAGAAACUGAUCUUAUGGUGGAUGCUAAAGAACACAAGUUGAACGGUACCAAUGAAGCUCAACUGUCAUAUAUUUCAUCACCAACAAAGCAAUUAUCAUCAACUGUUUCGCCAACAAAGCAUAUAUUAGCAAGUGCACAAGCUAGUCAAGUUGAUGUUGUGUCCACAAGAACACCUCAUCCGGAUUCCAAGUAUUUGAGCCAGGUACUUUCAGUGCCUGGAAUGGAAGAAUGGUUAGAUUUUGAUGACCAAUCAUGGCUAUUUCAUAGUAAUGAAUAUCAGUCAAAGAAGCCCAAGGUGGGUUUUUCCCAUAUUGAUGAGGCUCAACAAGUGUGGGCAGAAGCUCUACAAUUAGGGUCUGCUGAUGUUUGUGCUCUCCCAUAUGUCAUUCCAUACUGAUUUUUCUUUACUGAGCUUCUAAUUAACCCUCCUACACUUCAGCAAGAUUUGGCCAUUUAUGUGGAUUGUUUGAUUUAUGUUCAACAUUCUUCUGUUGUCGAACUCUGGUGUUACAGCGAAUGAUUUUGUACGACUUCCGAACUGUCUAAAAUGGACUGAUCAACGGCCUAAAUGAUCACAUAUCUCUAUCAUGCCAUUCCAAUGCCGGAGUUAGAGGGUCGGUCUAUGCUUGCUGGCUGCACCAAACUACUAAUUCAUUCGAAACACACAGUCCGAGACAGUGCUUUCAAGAAGAUGAGAGGUAUAAAGCUUGUGCAAUUCAUUCCUAAUUGAGAAUGUAGGAGAAACACGAGCUGUGGUGAUUGGAAACUUCACUCAAUUUUGAUUUUGUAACAUAGGAGAAGGGUCUUAUUUAAAAGAGAUGUAAGAUAGGAGGAAAAAAAAAGUAAUGGCAUUGAGUUUAGAUUUAUUCACCUCCAUCGUUGUUUAUAUUAAUCAUUUUUUGCUUUUGCU